CAAAUAUUAUAUAGAUGGCGAUAUUGCAAUAUCGGUGUGUAGGUCUCCGACAAAAAAAUUUGUGUAUGGUGAUUAAACUACAUUAGAAGUUAAAAUAUUGUUUGUGUGUCUUAUUGUAACUUCGAUUUAGUCAUCGGAUCGGUGAAAUUUCAACUGAAAGUGAACAACUAAUUCGAAAUGGAUGUAAAUAUCAUUUCGGAAAAUAAAGAUGGCGAUUCGACGCGCCCCAUCGCGCCAGAGGCGCCAUCUAUACUGGAUGUGCCAAACCAGAAAUUUGAAGGAACCAAGAAGAAAAGGCGACGCGGGAAGUCUAAAAGAAAAAUCAUGAAACCUUUUGUGAAGACUCCUUGGCAAGAUGGAAGAAAGUACGAUAAUUCCAAAAGGAAUUAUCGGUUCAGGAAAAUGGUUCUGGCGAACACUCAUGCUCCUUUCAACAACAAUCAGUUUUUAAUGGAAAUUCAUAAACCAGAACCUGAAAAUAAUUUUCAUGAUCUGCAAACCCCAUCAGCGCGCACCCGGGACUCAAGCUUCAGCGUAGAUUCUGAGGAUAAUUACUUUUUUUCUCUACCAGAGGAUGAGGAAGAAUAUUUAACAAAAGAAUUUUCCAGUGUUUAUGAGGAUGCUCAAAGUGAACGUUUGUCAAAUAUGUCCAAGAGUGAACUGAUCCAGGAAUAUCUUCUACUUGAAGCCAAAUAUGAUAAUCUUGUCAAGAGGAGUGAUCGUCGACCCAAAGGAAUGGAAGAAGACAAAGACACUACAGGUGAACUAGAUAAUUCACUUGAUAAGGAUGGUAUGAUGAUUGAAAAAGACACUUCAGGGACUUCCAUUGAAUCUAAUGUUACGGAAGAAUGUUCCAGUGAUUUGUUGCAACGCCUGAAGGAACAGGAGGAGCAGAUUCGUGAACUUGAAGCGGCCAAUGAGAAGCUUCGCAAUGACAAUGAGCAUUUAAGACAGAGGACACAGAGCUCAUCCAGUGAGGAUUCCGAGAGUGAUAGCUCUACCUCAGCAAGUGACAGCAGCUCCAGCCGGAGUACCAGUCCAGUUGAGGAACUGGCCACAGAAGUGGAGGUUAAUGGAUAUGCAUCCACAGAGGAGCCAGUGAUGGUCAACGGAGUGAAUGGAACGGCAGAAGCUGUCGAGCCCCAGCCCCUUGUGAAUGGUUUUCAUGACCCUAAUGAACUGGAGCUUGAUGAAGAUCCAUAAACUUUUUUCCUUACAAUAAAUUAGUUUUUAUACUUUAAAAGUCUGUACAUUAUUUUAAAAGUAUUUCAGUUUCAUAUUUUUUUUGUUUAUACCUGGUUUUAUAAUUGUUCUUAUUGGGAACAGUGUUAUAAUUUUAUAUAUGUAUGCAUUUAGUAAUUGCAGGUGUUUUACAAAAAAAUCCUUUAAGAUUGUUACACUGUAAGAAUGUAAUGGUGAGAUCUCAAGUUAUUAGGCUUAAACUAAAUCUGUGAUAUCCUUUAUGAUGUGGAUAUUUUGUCAAUGAAAAAAAGGUGAGAUGAUAGUGAUAUUUCCAAUAGGUCUCACUUUUAUGUUGGUACAGUGGAUUGUAUGUUAGAUUUAAGGUUUAAAAUGUAUGUGAAGAGUUAUAAUUUAUUAGCCAUUUCGUGUAAGGGAUAUUUUAUGAUUAUUGUUGGACUUCUUAGUAGUAGGUACCCAUUUUUAUUUCUUUCAACCAAAUUGCAUGUGUCAAGUAGAUUGAGGUAAGCUAUAUAUUAUGCCACUGUUGUAUUUUAUGCUUAAACAGGGUUUUUUUUUAAUGCCAUCACAGUAAGUCUUAAGGGAGAGGAAGGCUAUAGCUCAGUGAAUGAAAUAAUGUUAUAUUUAUGGGUUUUAUUGAUAUAAUAAAUAGGUACAAUGCUAGUUGGAGGGGAGUGAAUGAAUGUACCAUGGAGUGGUGACUAGUUAUUACUCUGAUCUCUUGCAGUGAAUGUAUAUUUUGGAUUACAGGACUGGCUAAUUGUUUGUAUAGGAUACCUUCCUGUCUCUUGGGCAAUACCAACUUUUUAGUGAUAUUAAGUUACUAAAAUAAAGUACUAUACAUGUAAAUUAAA